GAAGUGGGAAUGGAGCUUGGCAUAGAUUCACCCUUUUCGAUCAUACUUAAAAUGAAACAGAACUGUAACGAUGACAGUGCACAAAUACAGAUCACUAAUUUCUAAAAAAGUUCGGGGCAGAUUUCAGAAAUCCAUUAAGCUGCCUCUCCUAACCCAGAAAGGAACAUGUCCCGGGUCCAUCUCCUGUGAAUUCAAGAAAUACGGUCGACUGAAACUGGACACUUCUUGUCGGUAGCGAGCGGCAGCAGCCCCGCCUGUCAGGAGGAGGACGGUCUCACGCCUCUAUAAAAAGCCUCCAACUUGGUGCGAAGAGAAACAGCCGCCACAGCAGAAGCACAGAGAACGAGCUUCUCCUCCGCGACCCCUCACCUGAAUCAUGGUCAAGAAAGUGGCUGUCAUCUUGUCCGGCUGCGGAGUCUACGACGGCAGCGAAAUCCACGAAGCCUCCGCUGUCCUAGUGCAUCUCAGUAGAGAUGGAGCACAGGUGGCGUUCUUUGCCCCAAACGUCACCCAGAUGCAUGUCAUCGAUCACACCAAGGGGCAGCCCUCAGACGAGAAGCGCAACGUGCUGGUGGAGAGUGCCAGGAUCGCGAGGGGCGACAUCCAGGACUUGGACCAGCUCAAGGUCGGUGAACUGGAUGCCCUGAUCAUACCAGGUGGCUUUGGUGUGGCUAAGAACCUUUCCACGUGGGCCGAGAAUGGCAAGAACUGCACAGUCUCCAAAGCGGUAGAAGACACAAUCAAAGCAUUUCACGCUGCCAAGAAGCCCAUAGGCCUCUGUUGCAUCUCUCCGAUUCUGGCAGCUAAAAUCUUGCCAGGUUGUGAGGUGACAGUCGGGCAAGACCAAGAAUGCGAGAGAUGGCCCCACGCCAAGACGGCCGAUGCCGUCAAAGAACUCGGCUGCAAGCACAUCAACAGAAAUGUCAACGAAAUCCAUCUGGAUGCCCGGUACAAGCUGGUAACGUCCUGUGCCUACAUGUGUAACGCCCCUGCCCACGAGGUCUAUGACGGAAUUGGAAAGCUGGUCAGAGAGGUGCUACGGCUUGCCCGAGUACACCCCUGAACUGCAGUGCAUGCUGGCAAGCGAGACACGGCUAGUCCGGCCUCUAAAUGAACAGAUAUGGGCCUGGGAUGUCUGAAUAAUGGUCGGUGCGCUCCAAAACCUCCGAUCGGGGGGCUUAAUUUUCCCUUAGAACUAGUCUGUUCCUCGCUAGGGUCAUGGAAGCGGCUAAGAAGCAAAUACCCUAGGAUCAGCGAAGAUCUACAUAAGCCUCACGGAUUGCUAUUGUCUCCGUCCCCAGACUCUCUCUCUCCCAAACCAGCUGACGACAGGAUGAAAGCAUCGACAGAUAUUGCAACAGUGGCUUACCUAGCCCUUAAAUGCCAUGCUAAACCCAGAUUUGAUCAUUUCCAUUGGUAAAUGCCAAUCUUCCUUAGAAGCCACUGGUAUAAGAGGUCUAAUAUCCUUCAGGGAACAAUUUGCGUCUCACCCCGGCUUUACGGUUUUAAAUAUUUAUUGUAAGGCUUUCUUCCCUCUCCGACACAAACCGUCACACAUCACGAACUCUGAUCCAGUUCCAGAAAACAGAUGAAGACAGCCUUGGCUUGUUCCCCGUAGUUAUGCUGAGGAAGAGACACGCUAAAUCAGCUCUGACUAUUAUAAAUCAAUUGCGGUCGACUCACUUAAUGCUUCAUUUUCAAACGGGCCCUUUGAUCCUUAGCCUACUUAGGAUGUCAGGGAAAGCGUCUGCGAGGAUUGACGUCCCAGGAGAUCCAGCAACACCGAUUCAAGACGUUGCUCUUCACCAUGAGAAGUAUGACUGAUUCUGAAUAAAGCUACGGUCGAUUGAUUCGGA